AUGUACUUUGCCUUCGACCUCACAGGUCUAGUCAAGACACUUAAAGAUAAUCGAACUCGACUGCUCCGAAGCAAGCAUCGUCAGCUGAGCACGAGGCUCGCGGAGACUAUGGAAGAGGAAGAGGCAUUGGAAGCACGACUGGAAGAGUCGAGGGAGGAACUUGAGUGCUGCAAAGACGCUCUUGAGUUGUUGAAAGCGGAAAAGAUCAGUUCUGCCGAGAACGAGGAGAAACUUCAACAUCUGAUUUAA